AUGCGGGGUGGCAAGCGCAUCCCCAGCAGGCGCCAGCUGCGCGGCCAUGGUCACAGCCCUCUCUGUGCCGCCGGCUUCGGCGUCAAAGAGGCGAUUGAGGGAGCGCGGCGGCGGAGGGGGGGCGAGGAGCAGGUGGGCCCUGGCGUGCCGGGACUGGCCGCGGCGGCGCGAUAUGGCGAGAGGCUGGGGGAGGUGACUGAUCCCGGCAGGCGGCCGGCAGCGGCCCCGGCAUCAACACGGCAGAGGAAAGCUGAGGACUCCAGCGAGAGCCACGAGGAGGAGCCGAUGAACGACGGGCAGGACUUGGAUGGCUGGUUUUCCAGAGGCCAAUGGUCCAACCGGGCCACGACACACCCCAAACUCAACCUGACCAAGCAGGCUUUGCCCUGGAACGAGCAGUACAAAGGCAAGGCAAACUUGCACGUCUUCGAAGACUGGUGCGGAGGGGCUGUGAGGCACCUGAGGAAGAACCUCCAUUUUCCGCUCUUUCCCCACACCCGCACCACAGUGAAGAAGCUGGCAGUGUCGCCCAAGUGGAAGAACUACGGGCUGAGGAUUUUUGGCUACAUCCACCCUUUCAAGGAUGGGGAUUUCCAGUUUUCUGUGGCAUCGGAUGACAAUUCGGAGUUCUGGCUCAGCUCCGACGAGAGUCCGUCCAACUCCCGGCUGACUGCAUUCGUGGGCAAGCUGGGCACCGAGUGGACGGCGCCGGGAGAGUUCACCAAAUUCAGCUCGCAAGUCUCCAAGCCUCUACACCUCAUGUCCUCCAGACGCUACUACUUCGAGCUGCUCCACAAACAAGAUGACCGAGGUUCAGACCACGUGGAAGUUGGCUGGCGGGUUUUCCUCCCCAGCCUGAAGUUCGAAGUGAUCGACUCCUCCUACAUCUCUCUGUACACAGAUGAAUCGUCCCUGAAGAUGAACCACGUGGAGCACAUCCCACAGACCUUGGCCAGCCACAGCGGGAGCUACCUCUGGGAGGCACAGCAAGAUGAGCACGGGGCUGACAUGCUGAAGUCUGACCCCAGGGACACCUUCUUCCUCACCCCUGCGAUCGAGGCCUCCCGAGUGGAGAACGUGCUGGUGCCCUGUGCCUACAGCCCCACCUACGUGGUGAAGGACUUCCCCAUCGCCCGCUACCAGGGCCUGCAAUUUGUCUACCUCUCGUUCGUGUACCCCAACGACUUCACACGCCUCACUCACAUGGAGACGGAGAACAAGUGCUUCUACAGGGAGUCCCCCCUCUACCUGGAGAAGUUUGGUUUUUAUAAGUAUAUGAAGAUGGAUGAAGAGGAGGAGGAUCCACGCCAGCGAGCGUUUCUCUUCCUCAACCCAGACAAUUUCCUCGAGGAUGAGGAGGAGGAGGAAGAAGUGGACAGCCCUGAGCCCACAGACCCACCUCUUGAAGCCAAGGAAAAGAGCUUUGGGCCAAUACCCGGAGCCAAGGGGAAAGAGACCCCACCGGCCACCAGGGAUUAUGGAGACGACCUGGACUAUUACAGCUUUCGCCACAAGCAGGGUCAGGCCCGGGACGAGGCGAGCACGCCUGGGCAGCCAGGAAGAUGGAGCGCAUCCCGCCAGGCCAGCGCCAGUCCGGCGGCCGUCCCCGAGGACCUCCACGGCGAGGAGGACGUGGGCCCUGCGCCGGAGCAGGUCCAUGGGCGGAUGCUCAGUUGGUUACCCCAGGAUCCCAGCGAGGGCGAGGAGGAUGAACUGGGGCUGCUGGCAUCUUCGAAGCGUGCCGGGGCUCUGAGCCUCCAACCCCACCUCUCUGUUCCCAUCUUUGGUGGCAAAGCCAAAAUGCCAGGUCCCAGCAAGCCUGCAGCACCCAGGGAGGACAAAAAGCCCCAGAAAGCCCAGGAGAAGGUCUAUGUGACCAGGCUGCAGCCGAGGAAGCGCAAAGCCCCGGCCCAGGAGCCCGUCUUCCCUGGCAUCUUCCUUUACCCAAAACCUGUGAAGAAAGUCCAUCUUCGCUCCAGGACCCCUCAGAAGCAUCCCAUCGCCUCCAGCAAGCUCCGUGCCGUCCCUGGCCGCCGGACCCCCUGGCUCCGAAAGCCCAGGAGAAGGACCCCUCAGAAGCAUCCCAUCGCCUCCAGCAAGCUCCGUGCCGUCCCUGGCCGCCGGACCCCCUGGCUCCUGAGCAACAUCUCCAAGGAGAGGGACCCUGCCAGACGGAAGAUCGAGGAGGAAGAAGAGGUGUCGGACUACAGCUACGAGGCAGGGGAGCUGCAGCAGAGCUGGCUGGAGGACUCCAUCAACUGGCAGAGGACGUUCAGCGUCAGCUCAGUGGACUUCGAACUCCUGCGCUCCGACUGGAACGACCUGCGCUGCAACGUGUCGGGCAACCUGCAGCUGAGCGAGAGUGAGGUCGUCGAUGUGGUGGCACAGUACAUGGAGAAGCUCAACGAGAAGAAUGGAGGCAUCUACACCCUCCUGAGGAUCGUCAACGUGGAGAAGCGUCGGGACACGGCCCGGGGGAACCGCUACCUGCUGGAGCUGGAGCUGGCAGAGCGGGGCCAGCGGACAGUGCGGCUCUCCGAGUACGUCUACGUCCUCUUGCACCAGGGCAAGCAGGACGACAGCGCCGAGGCCAACCCCGAAGGGCCAGCCCUGGGGGCCACCGAGCCCCAGCCAAGCACCUGGAGCAUCCUCUAUGGAAGACCUGUCCUGUGCCGGCCCCUGCGGCUCAGCUGGAAGCAGGACGUCAUGGUGCACUUCGUGGUACCUGUGAAGAACCAAGCCCGCUGGGUCCAGCAGUUCAUCUCGGACAUGGCCCACCUGUACGGGGCUACGAAGGACGCCAACUUCAACGUCAUCCUGGUGGACUUUGACAGUGACGACAUGGACGUUGAGAAAGCCCUACGGGAUGCCCGGCUGCCCCGCUACCAGUACCUGCGGCGCACGGGGAACUUCGAGCGCUCGGCCGGGCUGCAGGCUGGUGUGGACAUGGUCGAGGACGGGCACAGCAUCGUGUUCCUCUGCGACCUGCACAUCCAUUUCCCCCCCAAUAUCCUGGACAGCAUCCGGAAGCACUGCGUGGAGGGGAAGCUGGCCUACGCACCCAUCGUCAUGAGGCUGAGCUGCGGCAGCUCCCCGCGGGAGCCCAAUGGCUACUGGGAGGUGAACGGCUUCGGCCUCUUCGGCAUCUACAAGUCGGACUUCGACCGCGUGGGAGGGAUGAACACGGAGGAGUUCAGAGACCGCUGGGGUGGGGAGGACUGGGAGCUCCUGGACAGGGUCCUUCAGAGCGGGCUGGAGGUGGAGCGCUUGCGUCUCAGGAACUUUUACCAUUACUACCACUCCAAGCGCGGCAUGUGGAACGCCCGCAGCAAGAAGCCACCCAAGGACUAG